GCCGCCUCUGGCAUGAAUGGUGUGGCGCCUUCGAUGCUCGGUGAGAUGGCUGACGCCUUGACCCAGCCGACGGAGCAACAGACCAACGAGCAGCUUUUCGGGUUGACGGCUGCGCAAUACAACGGCAUCAGCUCGCAAGAUUUCCUGCAAAAUGCUCCCGCCGAAAGGUCCACGAGCAAGGGCAGACGCAAUCUUGCCGAAGCGCUUGCCAGCAUGCGUGCUGCCGCCAACAAGGACUCUGCCGCCGAGGUCUACACUCGGUCACUCCUAUGGGACAAGAUCCCCCGUGACGUUGUGCGUGACUUUGCGAAGAUGGUUGCUGAAAGCCAACAAGUUGCUGCGGCCAAUGAUGCAGAUGCAUAAAGUGGUGCGGAUUUAUGAUGAUGAGAUAUAAAAUGAGACGAGACGAGACGAAAAAAAAAAAUAACUUUGACGACACUUUGACGAGUACCAAUUACACGGCAUUCGGAACGACAGCACGACAGUCAUGACGCACCCGAUUAAGAUUGCGUUCCUUGGGUUUUCCUAUUUUCACCGGUCUAUAUGGGUUUUUCCGGCUUCCCAUCCUUUCGGCUUUUCACUUUUGAUACACUUUCUCCGCUCUCGCGACACACUCAGACCUUUGCUGCUCACGCACCCAAAGCUGUUUUGACUUCUCGCGAUCCCGCACUGGUCCCGGGACGCUCAAACUCUUUUCUUAUUUUGUGUUCAUCAUUCCUAUUCUACUUUACUCUUUGGAUCAUUGUCGAUUUUAGCAGGCGAGCAUUGCUUUUUUUCUUGCUUUUUUUGGCUUCUGGCUUUGAUGUUUGGCGAUUUUUCACCCUUUUCUCACGAUUAAUGUGUUGUUUUGGAUAUUGGCGCAAGCGAUCUUCUGGUGUCUACUGCGUAACCCUUGCCGAAAGGCUGGCUUGGCGGGACAUGGCGGGACAUGGCGAAAAAGGGGCGAUCCCCGGGCUUGAUUUCUUUUGGACACACUUGAAUUGGAGGGGGGCGAUGGAAUACUCGCUUUCUAAUGUUCUUACACUUGUACAAAGAGUUUUUCUACGUGGGGCGAGACUUUUGGCGGAUUUGGGCCCGGUCUCUCGGACAUACAUCUCUUUUCUUCUCACGAAAAAUUUCAGGGGGUUCUCAUGGCGGUUUCGGGAUAUCACAGCAACACAUAUACGGGUCAUCGACUUGUCGGGAAACCAGACGAGGAUGGUUUACCGGUUGCAAAUUGCAUGUCUAACGACACAAUCUCUUUUCCUUUGUAUCAUUCUACGAUCUACGACACUCUUUAUGAACGAAACUUUGGUCUUCUGUCCAUCAUGAACUCUGGCAGAGCCUUGGAUGAAUGAAGAGGGAUGAAGGGACAUGAAGAAGAUUCUCGGAUUGAAUGCGGAUUGCUCAUGAAACUGCGACCGUCAUGUCGACGAGGGCCACUUACGGCGGCGGCACAAAAACCGCUUCACGGGUUACAACAUGCAAACUUGAAGACACAACAUACAUUGACGCGGAGGCUCACUAGCUGUGGGUUUUCAAAGAGGCCUUUCGGCCACUGCCAGAGGGAGGAAGAAAAGCAACAAAAGAUCCAUACCCGACAUUCAUUGGAACGAACAAACACCUGUUUCCUACACUCAAUCCUGUAGCUAGUUAGCGAAGUUCACAUAGCGAAACAAUCAAUGCGUCUGAAGCCC